AUGGCUAAGAGGGGCGGUAAGAGGAGGAACAAGGGUUCCAAGUCUGCUGCUGCAACUGCUGCAACUGCUGUCUCUCCUGCUCCCUCCACAGAGGCUGUUGACAGUACCAAUGUUGUUGAGCCAGUCCAGACAACUGAAGAAAAUGUUACCGCAGGUACUGAGAGCACUGAGCCACUGAAAGAAGAGACUCCAGUUGUUGCGCAGACCGAGGAGCCUGUUUCCCCGGUUGUGUCAGAGCCCGAGGUCGAGGUCGAGGUCGAGACAAAGUCGGAGGAAAGCAUCGACGAGGCUACGCCGGUGGUAACAACAACUGAGAACAAGGUGGAGGCAUUUGAGCCAGUGGUUGAGAAGACGGAGACCGUGAUCCAGAAGGAAGAGGCAAAAGGUAUGACUGAGCUUGUUAGUGACGUAGCAAUGGACAAGCACUCACCAGUGAUAGAUGUUCUGCCUGAGACCACCAAGGAUGUCGAGUCGACCGAGAUCGAAGAGGUCAUUGCACCUGCUCCUACCACCCCGCUGCCUGAGCGUCCCAAGACCUCAGAGUCGACCGCCGUUCCCGCCGUUAUCCCCACUUCUGUCGAGCCUGUGACUGCUGAGCCUGUGACUGCUGAGCCUGUGACUGCUGAGCCUGUGACUGCUGAGCCUGUGACUGCUGAGCCUGUGACUGCUGAGCCUGUGACUGCUGAGCCUGUCACUGCCCCCAGAUCCAUCGCCACAGAAUCGACCGAUGUCGCGCCCGCGGCUGCGCCCGCCGCUGUCGAGCCUGUCACUGCCCCUGUCUCUGAUCCCAUCACCACCCCAACUGAGACCAUCGAGGCCGCACACAUCAAGCGCCCGUACGAGAAGCCCAUAUUCUCGAAUGAUGACGUGAAGCCGCACAAGAUCGCCAAGACAGAGGAGGAGCAGGUUGCCGGCACAGUAGAGAAGAAGACUCUGGCUAGUGCUGGCCCCGCAACGGCGGCACUUACCACCCCUGAGCUCGUUCCUGUUCAAACUUUCCAGAAGGAUACCUCUGCUGAGGUUUCUCCCAAGACUAAGGUCAACGCAUCACCUUCACCGGAUGCCGUUGCUGCUGCUAGUGCUGCCUUGGAUCUCCCCAAGGCUGACAAGAGUGCGGCCUCAGCUGACGAGAGCGUGACUCCAGUUGACAAGAACGUGGUUUCAGCUGACAAGAGUGUGGCCCCUGCCACCGAGGAGCCCAAGACUCCUGAGCUGAAAUCCAGCGAGACUCCCAAGGAGGCUGUGCCCACCCCAACCACCACUGGAAAGAAGUCCGGAUCCCCUGAGCCGGCACCAGUGAAGAAGCAAAGUUCUAAGGGAUCUGAGAUCUCGGUCGAAAAGGCAGAACGAAAGAAGGGUGGAUUCUUCGGUUGGUUGAAGCGAAAGUUGAAGUAG